CCUCAGAGCAUUCGGUCUCUCCUGGUCUGAUUUGGUGUUUGCGUGGCGGAACCCCCCUUUCUUUGAGACUUCACCACCACCGAUCUUUUUUCACGGCGUGGCGUCUCUGAUCAACCCCUCUCCUGUUUUCUUAUCGAUCGGACUCUCCCUGUCUCUCCCUCUCCCUCCCUCUCUAGCUAUCUCUAUCUAUAUCUUGCUGUAAUUGAGUAAAACUGAUCUGAAUCUUACACUCAGUCGAUUGGAGGUUACUUUUGAGAAUGAAUAUGCAACAAGUUGUACAGCCCAGACCUUCUGCCAAUGGAUUUGGCCGUCGGCGAGGUGAAAGAGAAAUUGGGACUAGGUUGGAGAAUAAAUCGCAUCUUGGAAAAGUGAAUUCCAACAGGAUGACAAGUGCAGGUGUAUUGACUGGCACCAAAGGGGGAGGAUAUGAAAGCCCCUCACGUGAGCGUCUAGUGUAUUUAACAACAUGUCUUAUUGGACAGAACGUGGAAGUGCAGGUGAUAGAUGGAUCUGUAUUCUCUGGAAUAUUUCAUGCAACAAACGCUGAGAAAGAUUUUGGAAUCAUGUUGAAAAUGGCUCGCUUAAUAAAAGCUGGUUCUUCUCGAGGACACAAGAAUAAUUUAGAUUCUGUUAAUAAGCCUCCUUCAAAGGCUUUAAUUAUACCCGCUAAAGAGCUUGUGCAAAUCAUAGCAAAGGGUGUUUCUGUAACUAUGGAUGGGUUGAUGAAUGAACUUCAUCAUGAAAGGCUGCAGGAGAUUAUGACAGACUCCUAUAUAUCACAAUCUCGACAUGUCGAGGCGGAAAGAGAGUUGGAACGCUGGGUUCCUGAUGGAGAUGAUCCUGAAUGUCCUGAAUUGGAGAAUAUAUUUGAUGGCCCUUGGAAUAGGGGCUGGGAUCAAUUCGAAGCCAAUGAAACAUUGUUUGGAGUAAAAAGCACUUUUAAUGAGGAACUAUAUACUACAAAACUCGAGAAAGGUCCUCAGAUGAGAGACUUGGAAAGGGAAGCUUUAAGGAUAGCCAGAGAAAUUGAGGGUGAGGACACCCAUGAUCUUCAUUUAGCAGAGGAAAGAGGUAUUCAACUUGACGAAAAGUUUGAAAUUGAUGAGGAAACCAGAUUCUCGUCAGUCUUGAGGGGGGUUGAUGACAGUGGAUAUGAUGAAAAUGAGGACAUAUUGUUGGAUUCACACAAUAUUGAAACAUUUGGAGGUGUCUCUGGUUCUGUCAUUAGUGGGUCGUUUACUGAAUUGACGAGGGUGAAAAGUACUGAUGGUGCUCAAGUGUCAUUAUGCUCUUCAUCUAUGGAUGCAGUACAAUCUUCUCAGACAAGCACUGGCAGGGAUUUAUACCGGUCUGUUUCUAAUGAUCAUGCUAGACAGCUGCCAUCUGAACAUCUUUCUGAAUGUAUUUCAGAUUUGGAUGGUGCAAUCAGGAUUCAAGAGAACCAGUUCAGUGAACAUCACGUCGUAAGUAAUAGCACCGACGAUGUAGAAAAACAAAAGCUAGCCGACGUGUCACGAAGGUCAAAAUCUGAGGAUACAGUGUCAUCAAUGACACCAAAGAAAGAAAGCUCUGAUAAAGGUGGACUAUCUCCAAAUGCGAUUGAAUAUGCCCCAUCUCUUGUUUCAUCAAAGGGGCCGGAAAAGUUGAGAUCUCCUAGUGAACUGUCGGAGGGUGCUCUAUCUGGAAAAACACGCGUGGCAACACAAUCUGUUAACUCUCGUGCACGACCUGGUAGUUCUACAUCAUCCACUUCCGAUUGUGGAGGUGCUGCCUCAGCUUUACGAGGCCCUGGUUUAUCACCAAGCUCAUCAGUGGGUUCGUUGACUUCAGAAAAGUCAACACUGAAUCCUCAUGCUAAGGAAUUCAAACUCAAUCCAAAUGCAAAGAGUUUCAUCCCAUCUCAGACUCCAUUAAGGCCUGCAUCCCCUGUAUCUGAUGCUUCCUUCUACUAUCCUGCUAAUGUGGCUGCUGUCCCUCAUAUGCAUGGCAUGCCCGCAGGCAUGGGGAUUGGACCCUCAUUUGCUGCACAGCAGCCUGUUAUUUUCAAUCCACAGGCUGUUCCAAUGCAAUCACCGCAGGCAUAUUUUCAUCCAAAUGGACCUCAGUACGGGCAGCAAAUGAUUAUUGGUCACCCUCGGCAAGUUCUCUACAUGCCAACCUAUCCCCCUGAAAUGGCAUACAAAGGGAGAGAUUUUUAGCAAGUGGAUUUUUUUAGCCAGCUAAUCGACGGAAUGCAGUCUCAAGGAUUCAAUCUGCUGUGCUGUUGGGGAAUAAAAUUCUUACACCAGACUGCUUGGAGCGAAUUUGGGUAAAAAAAUCCCAGCAGCUGAUACAUUUCCAUUAGUUCUCAAGCACUGUUUGUGAGGGGGGAGCUUUAGUCAUGUCGGGAGAUUAUUUAAUAAUCUUGUAAGCUUCUCCCAUACGUGUCUUGGGAUGUUCUCUAAGUUCUUAAACUUGUUGCACCUUUUCAUUUGUUUCUUUCUAUUUUUUUUUUAAAUUCAGAUAAAAGUUAGAAGAAUAACCUGAAUAUGCAUUAGAUGUUUUACUUCAUCUUAUUAUUGUCGUCAACUUGGUUUCUAAGUUUAUGGUUAUUGGUACCAUUAGGGUUUCUGAUA